AUGGGAACAACAGGCAAAUCAGCAAGCUCCGGAGGAAGGCCCCUACUGCCACCUCCUCCUGUCGGCUUCAGCACUGGGCUCUCGGAGCAGGAACUCCACUGUGCGUCUCUGCCAGCGCUGCCCUACUGCAAGCGACCUGACCUUCGCCAUCCAGACAGGGAAGGCUCCACGGAGGACCCCAGUACCAACUACGCCUGCAUCGCUGAAAACAAACCCACCUGAGAGCCCCAGACACCGCCCUCAACCCAGGCAAAAGUCCUGUGGCUCACCCAGCAAAGGCCGUGGUCUUGAGGCCUCCCACGUCUCAGACUUCUCAGUCUGUCUCAAGUCCCCCCCCCCCAUUCAUUAUGCCCCCCCCAUUCAAUAUGGCCACAAUCGGAACUUAAUUGACUUACCUUCCCAUCCACUCUGGGAUUGAGUAGUGACUUAUCGGAUGAAGAAGGGUCUUUGGGGACCCAAGCUCCCCUGAGGCCAGAACAGAGCAUAAUAGACCCUGCCCCGCCCCUUAUAUGCGAUUUCGCUUUCUACUAUUUCAGUUACCUGCAGGCAGAAAAUAUUAAAUGGAAAAUUCCAGAAAUAAACGAUUCCUAAAUUUCAAAUUGCA